AUGCUACUCCAGCAACUCAAUCGCAGGGUGUUCUACUCAAAGAAUGCAAUAACUGAAGAUUUCAUAAACGACAUACUGGCUAAAGCCAAGAAGGCUACUGAAGCUCCUACUACAAGUAUCAAAAACAGACCGAGAGUCGCUAAUAGAGAAGAUUAUAGAAAUAGGUCAAAAUAUAGGCAGAGGAAUGCUAAUACAAUCGUGGCUAGUAAUGAUAUCCCAUCUCCAGGGAAUCUAGCAACAACUGUAAAGAUUGAGCAAGCACAAUUUAAAAAUAAACGAGGAAACCAGGAAAACUCAUCAGAUCUUCUAGACUUGUUUGAUACUGCACCAGUAGCAGGGAACAAUGGAGCAAUGAUUAGCAGUGCAAAAAAUAUGGUCAAAUAUAAGGCGAGAAAUGGCAAUGCACAAAGGCAUAGGCGUGGACCAGGAUCCAGCCGUAGCUCAACCAACGCUAGGCCUUUCAAUUUACGUAGAAACUCUGCAAUAGUGAUGGAGCAGCCUGAGUAUGUCCCUCCAAAUGAUUUUUAUGAUUUACAGGAACCAACACCACAAUCUUUAUUACAAUAUUAUCCUUCUCUUUCACAUACAAAAAGGUCGAGAUUAAUAAAUUUUGCCCAUAAGACUCUAGUUGAAUCGAAUUAUCCAAUUUACAGGAAUCCCAAGUUGAAUAAUAAUGAUAUUACAUUUCUUCCUCGAAUGGUCUCCUUUGGUAAGUAUAUGCCUGGUACUUCCGUAAUUCUAGAGAAGGAAAAGUUGUUAAAGAAUAAUGCAAUUCAUAUAAACCAAGAAAAGUACAGUUGCAUGACUAAUGGCAGCUAUUAUACAAUCCCCGAGGCAAUAGCUGGAAAUUCAAAUAUCUUGAAUGGUAUAAGACUGAGCUUACAGAGAAAUUCAGAUUUAAACUCUACUAAAGAAAGGGUCGAUUCAUUGUAUAAUAUUUGUGCUGGUAAAAAGCCAAUUACAAAACUCAUGUAA